UUUCUGGAGUCACCCACAGAGGCUGCGUCCGCCCCAAGCCAAGAUGAUCCUGACCCUGCUGCUCAGCGUCGGGGGGCCCCUGGGCUGGGGGCUGCUGGGGGCCUGGGCCCAGGUCCCCAGCACCAGGUUCUCCGAUCCACACAGCCCCAGGCCAACUGGAGUCUGGACGGCAGAGGCUGAGGACAGGGACCCCGUCAGACGUAACUGGUGUCCCUACCAGAAGUCCAGGCUGGUCACCUUCGUAGCUGCUUGUAAAACAGAGAAAUUCCUCGUCCACUCACAGCAGCCAUGUCCACACGGGGCUCCGGACUGCCAGAAAGUGAAAGUCAUGUACCGCGUGGCCCACAAGCCGGUGUACCAGGUCAAGCAGAAGGUGCUGGCCUCCGUGGCGUGGAGGUGCUGCCCGGGCUUUGUGGGACCCGACUGCCAGCACCACGAUCCCAGGGCGAUCCCUGAGCCUGAAGAUCCAGGUGAUAGCCUCCAGGAGCCUUGGGAUGGGCCAGUUGACUUUGAACCUGGCCACUGGGAUGCAGAGAUCAGCAACAUGGUGGAGCAGCAGGAACGCCGGCUGGGAGAUGUCCAGAAUGACAUUCACCACGUGGCAGACAGCCUUCCAGGCCUAUGGAAGGCCCUGGCAAGCAACCUCACAGUGGCAAUAACUGAGGCAAAUCAGACAGAGCUUGAGUUUCCCGGUAGAUCCUUGGAGCAAGUGCUACUGCCCCACAUCAACACCUUCCUGCAAGGACAUCUCAGCCCCAUGUGGAGAAGCUUCAACCAAAGCCUGAACAGCCUCUCCCAGGCCAUAAGAAACUUAUCUCUUGAUGUGGAGGCCAACCGACAGGCCCUCCAGAGGGUCCAGGAGAGCUCUGUGGCCAGAGCUGACUUCCAGGAUCUUGGUGCCAAAUUUGAGACCAAGGUCCAGGAGAACGCCCAGAGGGUGGGCCAGCUACGGCAGGAUGUGGAGGGCCAUCUGCAUGCCCAGCACCUGUCCCUGUACCAGUCCCUCUUGGAGGUCCAGGCCGAUGUGGACACCAAGCUGAAGAAGCUCCUUAAGGCCCAGGAGUCCCCGGGGGUCAACGGCAGCCUGGUCCUGGUGGCAGCAGGGGCAGCAGCGAGGCCGGAACCAGAGAGCCUGCAGGCCAGGCUGGGUCAGCUGCAGAGGAACCUCUCUGCACUGCAUGUGGCCACUGCCCACAGGGAAGAGGAGUUACAGAGCACCCUCGCAGACAUGAAGGCCACCCUGGCCCAGCACGUGGAUGAGAUCAAGGAGCUGUAUUUGGAAUCCGAUGACACCUACGAACAGAUCAGCAAGGUAGAGAGGCAGGUGCAGGAGCUUCAGGUGAACCACACUGCGCUGCGCGAGCUGCGGGUGAUCCUGAUGGAGAAGUCACUGAUCAUGGAGGAGAACAAGGAGGACAUGGAGCGGCAGCUCCUGGAGCUCAACCUCACCCUCCAGCACCUGCAGGGCGCCCACGCGGACCUCAUCAAGUACGUCAAGGACUGCAACUGCCAGAAACUCUACUUUGACCUGGAUGUCAUCCGGGAGGGCCAGCGGGACACCACGCGUGCCCUGGAAGAGACCCAGGUGAGCCUGGACGAGCGGCGCCAGCGGGACGGCUCUUCCCUGCAGGCCCUGAGCAGCACGGUGGCCGCCCUGUCGCUGGCGGUGGAUGCGCACCGGGCGGAGGCCGAGCGGGCGCGGGCCGACGCGGCGCGGCUCCGGAGCCAGCUGCGCACGCUGGGCGGCGAGGUGAGCGCGCUGCGGGCCGCUGAGGCGGAGAUGCGACGCGAGAUCCGCCGGCUGCACGGCUCCUUCGCGGCCCUGCUGGAGGACGCGCUGCGGCACGAGGCCGUGCUGGCCGCCCUCUUUGGGGAGGAGGUGAUGGAAGAUAUGUCCGAGGAGGCGCCUGACCCGCUGCCCCUGCGCUACGAGCAGAUCCGCACCGCCCUGCUGGACGCGGCCAGCGGGCUGCAGGAGCAGGCCCUUGGCUGGGACGCGCUGGCCGCCCGGGUGACAGCCCUGGAACGGGCCUCGGGGACCAGCGGGCAGGCCGAGCGCCUGGAGCCCAAUCGGGACGCGUCGCCAGCGGCGGCCGGCGGGCCGGAUCUGGCUGGGCUAGCGCGGGAGCUCCAGCGCCUGAGCUCCCACAUGGAGCGCGUGGGCCGGUGCUGCGAGGCUUCCUGGGCCUCCUCCUUCAACAGCUCCCUCGAGGGCCUUCGCGAGGAGCUCUCCACCACCGAGCGUGGCUUGCAGCGGCACCAGCGCCUCUUCCACAGCCUCUUUGGGAACUUUCAAGAACUCUUGGUAGCCAACGUCAGCCUGGACUUGGGGAAGCUGCAGGCCAUGCUGAUCAGGAAAGGGAAGAAGCAGCAGAAAGGUCUGGAAGCUCCCAGGAGGAGGGACCGGAAGCAAGUGGAGUCUUUGGAGGAUGCGCAUGUCAAAGGGCCGGUGCUCUGGGACGCAGGCUCCCCUGUGGCCUUCUACGCCAGCUUUUCAGAAGGGACAGAUGCUCUGCAGACAGUGAAGUUCAACACUACUUACAUCAACAUCGGCAACAGCUACUUCCCUGAACAUGGCUAUUUUCGAGCCUCUGAGCGUGGGGUCUAUCUAUUUGCAGUGAGCAUUGAAUUUGGCCCAGGGCCAGGCACUGGGCAGCUGGUGUUUGGAGGUCACCGUCGGACCCCUGUCUAUACCACCGAGGAGCAGAGGGGUGGGAGCCCAGCAACGACCUUUGCCAUGGCUGAGCUGCAGAAGGGUGAGAGAGUAUGGUUUGAGCUAACCCAGGGAUCAAUAAUGAAGAGAAGCCCUCCAGGCACUGCAUUCGGGGGCUUCCUGAUAUUCAAGACUUGAGUACCAGGCACAGCUCUGACCAGACACUGUGGACUUAUCCAGCUCACCUUGGCCUGGGGCUCAGGCCAGGGUUGGUCUGGAGACCAUCCAAUUGGUCUAGCUCUUCCCUGGAAACCUUCUGCAAAGACAACGUGGUAUUUGUGGCCUCCCUCUAGAUGCACUGGGUCUGGCUGUUUCUUAACGAAGAGAAGGACUGGAAUGCUUCUCUCCGGGCAGGACCUGGUCCGGGGACAUGUGAACCUUGGGUUGGCGUGCCUUCCGAGGCAGCAUGGCUUGGAUUCCAGCUCUUGGCUGUACCCUGUGUUCUAUAGCUUCUUUGGUGUUUUGCUCCUCCUGUGGUUGGAAACUUCCAUAUAACACUUUAAACCUUUCUCCUGCUUCCCCUUCUCCUUCAUCUUAUGCUAGAAAAUCAUUCUUCCCUAGAAAGAAUAUGUUUAAAUGGAAAUGACAUUUUGGACAAUAUUGGAAGCCAGUCUCCACCCACUGCAGGGCAGUAGGAGAAAGCCAACCUGUUUUGGUAUCUGUCAGUCAAAAAUGGAGACAAAGACCUGGUUGAGCUAACCAAGGGAAACAAACUUAGUAUCUGUUCCUUAGUUUCAGUCCUUCCUUGAAUUUAUCUGUAACUUUAAUUUUACUUUUCUCCUUGCCUCAUGCAGGGUAAAGGCCAAGACAUGCCAAACACAAACUAAAAUGUGUAUAGCCUUCACCUAUUUUGCUUCCUCCAAUAGCUUAUGACCACCCUAGUUCUUAUUAGCAUUUCUAACCAGGAAGGGAGCUAAGGGAAGAGAAGGAAGACUGUAAAAAUCUCCCUCAACAAUUAUCAACUUUGGAAUAAAGUGAAGUCCUUCAGAUCUCUGCCUGGUUUGCAGAGCAAACCAGGAUGGCGAGCAAAAAGAUUUGGUAAAGUAGGUAGAAAUUUGGGACAAAAUCAAACUAUUUGGUAUGUGAUUUUCAUUACUCCAGGCCAUAUGUGACUUCACAAUUCCAGUUAAUCCUACAUAAAACACUCAGAGGCUUCCACAGUAUCCACAAGAAUACUGGAUUAGACAGUACAGCUUGGAGUUGUGGUUAUUCCUAAAAUAUCAAUAUAUGGUUUUCAAAAAAUUACAGGUCCUGACACAAACAGGCUUGAGAAAGCAGUCAUCUACUUGUCAGGAAACAUUUUUAUUUUGGUAGUAGGCAUUCAGUAUUUGUUGAAUAUACCUCUCUCCGUAAGAAAAUCAGAUUGGUCUGGGUGAUGAAAAAGGACAGAGUUGGUUGUCAGGGUUCCCAGCCCUUCUCAUUGUUUCCUUGGGCUCAUGGAUUCAAAUAAUUGUCCCUUAGAAUUUAUUUACCACUAAGCUUGGUGUGCUUGAGAUGCUAAAAUAUUCGUGUUAAAAGGAACAAUAUGCCAGGCCACUCUGCCACUGACGGUUUGACCUUGGGGUAAAUCACAACCUCUCUUGAACGUUUCCAUCUGUAGUAUGAGGUGGUUAGUCUAACAGCUCUAAGUAUCCUGGUAUUUUAUUUUCUUGACCACAGGUUUGGCUCUUGCCUACCUGCCCUUCCCUCUGGCCAGGGCCUCCUGCCCAGUACAGCUCAGCUACAAGACCAAUCCUGACCCAAGGCGUGAUGUAUCUGGGCCACUCCUGAGCAAAGGUUGGAAAGCCAGUACCAGGUCAUCCUUGCUGCUAGAAAGACAAUGCUGUGUCUUCUUUCUGCUCAGUCCUGCUAUUACUGGUCAGGCUGUGCUGAUGACUAAAUGGAAACAUGCGGGUAAUACAGUCUUAUCAUUUAAGACUUUCAUUUGGAAUUUACUGCAUAUAACAAGCAGAGUGAACUGAUCUCCUCUAUAAGGGACACAUGUCCUGCAACCCUCAUAUGGCUGGUGCUAUUCAAUAGGGAGGUUAUAAAUGAAAGUGCUAACUGGUAAACUGCCAGCAGCAUGGAUGGGUAAGUCACUCCAGAAUUUUCUGGGGUGAGAACUAGAGAGACAACAGUUUUUUUAAAUAGGGUGCUUUCAAUGCAAAUUUCACAAAACCUUAAUGUCAAGUUUAAGUGUAAAUUUUCUGUUUAAACACUUCAAUAACUAGGACCCCAGAUUAACAAGAAUUCUGAAGUUCAUUUGAUAGAUUUCUUAUCUCCAUUAAUAUCUCUGGGUGGAGAAUCUGUUUGAGUGCCCCCCCAAGUAGACCCCCCAUUACCCAGGCCAAUGUUAAAACACCCUUCACUUGUGGCAUCCAGAACAAGACAAUGACUGAGCAGAGUGGUAUCAGACUUUCCCAAACCCGAUGGAAAAAAAA